AUGACCGUGAUAGACGGCGUCGACCUCGACGCGCUUGACUAUAUCGUCAAGGUCCCCUACAAUGGAACGGGCGCAACGGGCGGUGACUCCCUUACGGAGGAUUUGAAUAUUUGGUAUGAGACCGGCGACAUUGCUUGGAUGAUCACUGCAACGGCACUUGUGUUGCUCAUGAUUCCCGGUGUUGGAUUCUUUUACUCUGGCCUCGCACGAAGAAAGUCAGCCUUGUCACUGAUCUGGCUGUCGGUUAUGGCUACAGCCGUCACGACAUUCCAAUGGUUCUUUUGGGGUUACUCCUUGACGUUCUCCCAUACUGCCGGACCCUACAUUGGCGACCUCGCGAAUUUCGGCUUCAAGGAUGUGCUUGCGCAGACAUCUGUGGGUUCUGCUCGCAUCCCUGAUCUCUUGUUCGCUGUGUAUCAGGGUAUGUUCUCAGCCAUCACUGUCGCACUAGCCACCGGAGCUGUGGCUGAGCGUGGCCGCAUGCUCCCAUGCGUCAUCUUCAUGUUCAUUUGGGCGACCAUCAUCUACGACCCGAUUGCCUGCUGGACUUGGAACCCGUCUGGCUGGUCGAACAAGAUGGGUGGGCUUGACUUUGCCGGUGGUACCCCGGUGCAUAUUGCUUCUGGAUCAGCUGCUCUAGCUUACUCCAUGAUGUUGGGCAAGCGCCGAGGACAUGGCACUCAUGAGCUGAACUAUCGUCCGCAUAAUGUCACCCACAUCGUCAUCGGAACAGUGUUUCUCUGGGUGGGAUGGUUCGGUUUCAACGCCGGUUCAGCUCUUUCAGCUAACAUGCGCGCCAUCAUGGCUGCGGUGGUCACCAACCUCGCUGCUUGCGUUGGCGGCAUUACCUGGUGUGUUUUGGAUUACAGACUGGAGCGCAAAUGGUCGACUGUUGGCUUCUGCUCUGGUGUCAUUGCUGGGCUCGUUGCUAUUACCCCUGGCUCAGGUUAUGUCCCUGCGUGGGCAGCCGUGCCCUAUGGUGUCCUUGGUGCCGCCUUCGCCAACUAUGGCACGAAGCUCAAGUUUCUCCUCCGCAUUGACGAUGCACUUGAUAUCUUCGCUGUCCAUGCCAUUGGUGGUCUCGUCGGAAACAUUUGCACAGCCUUCUUUGCGGCUGACUACAUUGCCCACCUGGACAACGUGCAGGUGAUUGCUGGCGGUUGGUUGAACCACCAUUGGGUCCAAUUGGGAUACCAGGUGGCCGACUCAGUCGCUGGCGGCACGUACUCUUUCGUGGGAACGUGUCUUAUCCUCUUCAUCAUGAACUUGAUUCCUGGGCUGCGCCUUCGUGCAACAGAAGAGGCCGAAAUUCUGGGCAUUGAUGAUGCCGAGAUUGGCGAGUUUGCCUAUGACUAUGUCGAGCUCACCCGAGAAGUGCUGAACGACGUCGAGAAUGACGCGGGCAGCCGGUUCUCCGGGGAAGAGCGGGGCUUUGAGGCAAGAGAAAAGAACAACGGCAUUCCGCUGAUGGACGCACGCAUGUUCGCCGGAGGGCAAUCGUCAUCUCACCAGUAA